GGAGGGCGGGGCUGCUCUGUCUCUCUGUGCUGCCGUGGAGUGGAGAGUGAUGUAGCAAGAGUCCGGGACGCAGAGGGAAGCAGACCUUAACACCAGUGCGGCUGUUUUUCCACCCGAAUUGAAUCUAAAUUAUAAUCUGUGGCGGUGUAUUUCAGGCAGGAGCACACAUGGAUUUAAGUGACAUCCUAAUCUGACGUGAACAUUAGUGGAGCCUCAUCCGUGCAACCUGACACACGGACAUCUUGUUUUUUUCCCCCCUCUCUCUCAGGGUGAACGAGAUAUUUCCCCCCACUUUGGUUUGCUGGAGUGGAGCUCCGUGAAGUGACCGCACCAUGGCGUGGCCCUGUAUCAGCAGGGCGUGCUGCAUGGCCCGCUUCUGGAACCAGCUGGACAAGGCUGACAUUGCGGUGCCUUUGGUCUUUACCAAGUACACGGACGUGUCCGAGAUGCAGCACAUCCAGCUGCAGCCGCCGCAGGCCCGGGUCACCAUAGAAACGCAGCCGCCUCGCGCUCAGACCCGCGCCGCCGCCAACAACAACAACCCCGCCGCUGGCGCGCGGCCGCCGCGCAGGUGCGUCUCCGAGGAGCGCGUGUGCAGCUCGGUGAUGCGCGAGGACUUCAAGCACUGGAAAGUGCGACCGGAACCGAGCUGCAAACCCAAGAACGAGUACCACGAACCGGACACGCCGUUCAACAGCGAGACCCAGUACCAGAAGGACUUCAAGCCCUGGCCCAUCCCGAAGAGGUACGACCACCCGUGGAUACAAAGACCUACGACCACCUCCUCCGGAGACGAGCGGGCACCGGAGCGCUCCAGGCAUGCGAAAAAACACGCGGCAGACGCGGACAGCGGCGUGGAGAAGAGCGCUAUUGCUGACAAGGUGCAGGAGAAAGACCUGCUGCAGGGACAAGACAGGAAGAAGAAGUCCAGUAAACAACAACAACAACAGGGGGAGAAGAAGGUGGAGGCAGAGGUCAAAGGAAGAGCAGUGGACGCUGUCAACAGACAGAUCAAAGAGGAGAUUACAACCGGAACAUCAUACAAAACUGAAUUUAAGGCUUACAGAGAUGUGAAGCCGACCAAAAUGAUCCGGGCCAAGUCUCAGUACCUGCCCCCGGAUGAGAAGACCAGCCUGGAGACCAGCUAUAGCGCCACCUACAAGGGACAAGUCCCUCUGCGUCCGGCCGACAACAAGGCCCAGGAGAGGCGGAGGAUACGCAGUUUGUACAGCGAGCCUUACAUAGACCCCAUUAAACAGGUUGACAGAUAUAGUGCCCUUCGCUCUAAACCCAAAAAGUCUGGAGCCACAGCGGCAGGCCAGAGCAAGCCAGCGAAGAAAGCCAAAGAUAAGCAGAGCGCCGGGCUGAGGGGCGCCAAGAAGACGGCCUCAGAGAACCAGCCUGAGAACCGGCCAGCAGUGGGGGACAAGGAGAAAAGUAAAGAGAUGAACAACAAACUGGCUGAGGCAAAAGAGGUUGUGCUAAAACAGCACCACUACAUACAACUCUGCCAGCCAAUCCGAGACAUUGGCUGGGUGCAGACUCUAAAGCAACACCUGUGGGGCUGUGCGCUACCCGAUCCCAGAGAUGCUAAGGACGAGGUUCUCCGACCCAGCCAUCAUCAUUCCCAAGGUGCUGUUGGAGGAGAACCACCACCAACACCACCUCUGGAGAGGCCCGAACCUCGCAGGAGCAGCGGAGUCGUACGCUUUGCCCUAGAUGGUAACCAGACGGAGUAGUUCUGCCUCCGAGGAUGAAGGAAGCAGCUGCUUUUUAAUGCACUGUCGCUCUGUACUGUAUAUAUCUAGCAUUUAAGUUAAAUAAGCAAACCAUAUCAAUCCUGCACAAACACACACAUACACUACAGACCACAUAUAUUUGAAAAACACGCAUGUUUGAAACAGCUUUUGGCUCAGAGUGAUGUCUUGGCUGUUUGACUCGAAAUGGCAUUAUUGCAAAGGUGCUACAUAAUUCCAUGGGUUCAUGCAAUCUAUUUUAAAAAAAGGGGAUUAUGAAUCCUGUUAGAAACACGACACCAAAAAGUGCUAAAACUAUAAAAUUACAAAACAAAAUGUACUGUUUUAGUGUAAAUAAAUGGGCACAACUUGCA